GCAAUAUUUCUAGGCUAAAUAGUAAAUCUUUGUACCACUGAAGUUAAUUCAAAAUGGUGGGGGUUCUGUGUUGUGGACAGUGAACUGAGCAGAAAUUCGUCAAAUCAAAAACCAGCAACAAUGUAGUAGGCUAGUAGAUACAGUUGUAGUGAUAUUUUUUCAAUAUUUUUUAUAAAUUCAGCUAUUAUCUUGGUUACAAAUCUCUAUUUAUGCCACACUACAAUGAAAGUGUUUAUGUAGAAUGGAAAUACUAUUGGCUUUUCUUUCAAUUAUCUCAUCCGUUGUUCUCGUAUUCCUUUUAGCUGCUCUUGGCUGGUUUCUGGUGUGGAAGAUAUUCCUGUCCCACUUUCGAUUUGUGCGAGAGCUGCUGGGAGGUGGAACAGUGGAUAGCAGUGGCAGCAAUUCGCAAGCGGCAACCGGUGAGAAGACCUCAAGGACACUUUCCAGACUCAAAAAACUCAGACGCGAGUAAUUUCAGGAAUCCUUCCUAGUAAGAUUAGGUACGGGAUCGAGGAGGUGAACAAGUUGUAGGUGUAUACUUGAAUUAAUUUUGAAGACCGUUAAGAGGUAAUUGAGUUGUAGGUGUCGGUGUACAUCUAAAAUUAAUUUUGAAGAUCGUUGGGUAUGGAAGUGUGAAGUUUAGUGAAGGAAAUUGUUGAAAUAAUCGAUUAAAAAUGAAUAUCCGGUGUGCCAGACCUGAGGACCUAAUGAACAUGCAGCACUGCAACCUACUGUGCUUGCCCGAGAACUACCAGAUGAAAUACUACUUUUACCACGGUCUGUCGUGGCCGCAACUGAGCUACGUGGCCGAGGACGAGAAGGGUCAGAUUGUAGGUUAUGUCCUGGCCAAAAUGGAGGAGGACAGUGAGGAUAAUCCUCACGGUCACAUCACGUCGUUGGCAGUGAAACGCAGUCACCGUCGGUUGGGUUUGGCGCAGAAACUGAUGGACCAAGCAGCUGCGGCCAUGGUUGAGUGCUUCCAGGCCAAGUAUGUUUCGCUGCAUGUGCGCAAAAGCAACCGCGCCGCUCUCAACCUCUACACGAACACGCUGAAGUUUGUGAUUUCGGAGAUCGAGCCAAAGUACUAUGCUGACGGCGAGGACGCGUAUGCCAUGAAGCGCGACCUGUUGCCCAAGGCGGAGUGUGAUCCGAGAAAUGAGGACAAGGAGAAGACUGGGACGGGUGUUGUUAGUGAACGUUUGUAGGGUUCGGCAAUUUUGUAUCCAAUGUUUUUUCGAGUAAAUGAUUGGUUCUGCAGCAACAAUGCUUCAUAUGUCAAUCCCAAGAUGAUAUCGUUAGACUGUUUUCCAACAAAAAUUAAGGACUCUGCUACUGUACUUCAUAAUGUUUAAAUGCCAAGACGGGACUGUUUGAUAUCGUAUGAACGUUUUCUGACAAAAUUGAAAGUUCUAAACUACUUUUAUUUCUCGUUACUCAUUACAAAAUAAAAACUUGAAAACUACAAAUUAUUGAAAUUACAGAAGUUUCUCAAUGUGGUGGCGUCAAAAUAGCACUGACAAAGCAGUUGCAGACGUUAAUGAUGGACGA